GUUUAUUCCCUAAAUAUAUAAAAGGAGUAAUGCAGGGAAGGAGGAAAGGAGGACCCUUUUUCCGGGAUCUCCACCUCUCGUUCCCAUCCCAGCAGCUGAGUGGCUUUUUAUUUUUUGAUCCGAUCUCUAUUUCUUCAAGCUACUGGAUUGCUUAUCUAAGAAAUUGUUCGGGUGUCAGUGAUGCUUCUCCAGUCUAAUAGCCGGCACCAGAGAUCAAAAGGAUCUAAGGUUAAAAACAUAGUACAGGUAACUGUGCUUCUAGCUCUUGCCAUAUGGUUGCUCUACCAGAUCAAGCGCUCACAUGAUAAAAAUAAUGGAUACACUGAAAAUGAUGGAAAUGAGCUUAGCAGUGGAGCUGGAGACAUUCAUCUGGGGCGUAAAGCAAAAGCUGGGUCCGAGAAUGUGAUUGUCAUAGACAACCAUGUAGGAAACUUCGAGGAGACAUCUGAAACAAAAGAAGCUGGAGGAGGUCAGGAUGAUGCUCUCAAUCAGUACCCUGAUGAUAAGGGUAAAAAAGCCAUUCCUAACAAAGAACAUGAGGAAUCUCGAGAAGACAUCAAAGAUACUGAGACAAUAGGAAGUAAACAGGAGCAACGAGGCAGUGAAGAUAAUAAUGCUGAUUCUCAUAUUAAUGGUGGAGACAAAGGUGCUGGUAAUGGUACAGGUGAAGCCAUAGAGGAAGUUAUAAGACUUCCCAGUCAAAAGGAUACUGAUGAUUCUUUUGAUCAAAAUGGAAAUAGAGAUAAAAGAGAUGACUCAAUUGAAGAAAAUGUGCUUCCAAAAGAUGACCGUGUUGUUGAAACCUUCUUACUGAAUGGGGCAACCAGUGAUAAUGGGGAAGCAACAAGUUCAGAUGAAGAGGAGCUUUCCACCAGUCAAACUGAAACUGGUGAAAUUGCAGAACUUAACAGUGAGCAUCUUGAAACAGGUGGUGAAUUAAGUGAUAGAGCAAUGCCUGAAGCAGAAGGAUCAUCCAAUUCAUCUCUUAUUGAAGAUCAAAGCAAUGACGAUGUAUCAACAAAUGAUGAUUUCCAUAAAAAGGUGGAAGUAGAAUCUGAAGGCACCAUUGCUGCAGAUGCUGAAAUUAGCAGAAAUGAGGUUGGAGAUGCUAAAAUUGAUGUAGGAUCAGAUGAAGAGCAUUCCGGUCAGUCCCUUCCCAGUGAAGAAAAUGAUGCAGUGUCAACCAACAAUGAGACUCCUGAAAGGAAAACUGUUGAAUCCCAAGAAGACAAUACUGGUGGAAAAACUGAGGAAAAGGACACAAGAUCUGAGGACGAGGUUACUAACUCCUUGAGUUCUGCUGAAGAUAACACUGAAGUAGUGAUGCCAGCCAACAAGGAGACUCCUAAAACAGAAGCAGUUGAAUCCCAGGCUAACAGUAUUCCUGAGGCGGUUACUGAUACUAAUUCUUUUGAAGAUGCAGGGACUGAUACAGGAUCUGAUGAUCAACUUGCCAAUGCAUCCCUUGCUUCUGAGCAAAACAAUGUAGUAGUUGAAUCCCGUGGUGAUAAGGCUUCCCAUGCUGAAGUUACUCCUGAGAAUGUGCAUGAACAAGAAAACAGUGAUUCAAAGUCCAAUGAUGAACUUGCAAAUUCAUCACUUGCUUCUGAAGACAGAAAUGUCGAUAAGCCAGCAAAUGGUGAGGCUACUAAUGUGGAUGCAGGUGAAUCCCAAGAAGGCAAUGCCAGUGAUGCUGAAAUUAAUGGCAAUGGUUCUACUGAAGAAACAAAGAGUGAAACAACCUCCAAUAAUGAAGCUGCAGAUUCCUCUGACAGCAGUGAGCAGAAAAGUUCAGAGAAUCCAAACCAUGUGACUCUUGAUGGUGAGGCAGUUGAAUCUCGAGAUGAUAAUGCAGACAGGGCAGGUAACAGAGAGCCGAGUGAUCUGAAGUCUGAGUCUCGAAUAAUCAAUGUUGCUGAGGAUGAACAUAAUGGCAAUGGUUCAGGAACAGUGACUGAAUCAAUAUCCAGUAAUGAAUCUGCGAAUUCAUCUCACAAUAAUGAGCAGAACAGCUCGUCUCUAAACAGUGAAUCGGUUGAGUCUCAAGGGGAUGGUGUUUCAGAAGCCAAAACUAGUAGCAGCAUUGCCCAUGAAGACACGAAGAUCGAACCAUACCCCAGUAACGAAACCAGUUCUGAACCAGGCAAUAAUGUUGUAUUAUCUGACAACAAUGUAAGUUCGGAGUAAGAGCUAAAAGUUGGUGCAGAUUCAGAAUCACGUUGCUCUUCAGUCGUUUCUCAAAAAGAGAUCACUGACCUGAGUGCCGUUCCGAAAUAUGGACGUGGACACAGUAGUGGGAAAAGGGAAGGGGUAUUCGCUAGUAAUGGGAAAAAGAAAGGUGUAUUAGCUGAUCUAUGUUGUAUCAGUUUGUUAGUCUUUGGCUGGAAGUGUUAAGGGCUGCUAUAUAUGCUAAUUCUUUCCUUUUUCUGCUCUUGCUUUA